UAAGAAGUUAAAAACUAAACUAUGCAUCAGACUAGACCUUAAAAAAAAAAGUUAUCAGAAUAUAAUAUCAGUGAAUCACAACUUCACAAGAACUGCCAUCUAGCCCUUUACCAUUGAAAUCACCGCAGCCGCCGGGAAACAAUGAACGAAUUGCCAGAAGAGUGCAUAGCUAAAGUGAUGUCAUACCUCGGCCCCCAACAGGCCUGCAGGUUAGCUUCCGUCUCAAGAACGUUCAGUUCAGCUUCCCAGUCGGACGUUCUCUGGGAAAGCUUCCUUCCAUCCGAUUACCGGUCGAUUAUCUCCCAGUCUUCAGAUCCAUCUCUUCUCUCGACUUCCGCCUCCAAGCAGCACCUCUUUCGCCGACUGUGCCAGCAACCAGUUCUGCUCGACCAGGGCAAAAAGAGUUGGGCGGUGGAGGCAGGGAGGGGGAAGAUAUCGAUGAUGGUGGGAGCCAGGGAUCUGGCGAUCACAUGGGGCGACACUCCCGCGUACUGGCGGUGGGAGACGGACCCGGAUUCGAGGUUCGCCGGAGGGGAAGUGGCGGCGCUUGAGCUUGUGUGGUGGUUGGAGAUCCGGGCCAAGAUCCAGACCCGGAGGCUGUCGCCGGGAACCACGUACGGGGCUUAUCUAGUGUUCAAAUUGAUGGGUGGGCACAUCGGGUUCGCGGGGCAACCCGUGAAAGUUGGGGUCGGGUUUGUGGGUGAUGAAGGCUCGGGCAAGGAAUCAGUCGCGAAUCUGGAUCCGGCGGCGGCUGGGGCUGGGGGGAGAUCGAGGAGAAAUCCUCCGGCCGGCGGCGGAAGUAGGGUGUUGGGUAUGGUACUCCGGUGGGUGACCAGGCCGAAGGUGGUGCAGCCGAGGAAAAGGGGAGACCGGUGGUGGGAGGUGAAGCUGGGAGAGUUUGAGAAUGGGGUGGCCGGCGGUGAAGAAGUUGAGGUUUCGGUCAAGGAAGUGGAGUCGGGUCAGGUCAAGCACGGGCUUGUAGUCCAUGGCAUAGAAUUCAGGCCGGAAUAGAACAAUUGAUCAUAAUUAUAAAGUUAUGUUUAGAGGUGGCAAUUAGGAUCCAAAUCCAUGAAUCCAAUCCAAUCCAUCCACCAAAUUAUCCACCUAAUCCAAUCCAUUUAAAUCCAAUCCAUUUGAUCCAAAUCCAAUUGGAUUGGUGGAUUCAU